UGCCAGUCAUAGACAAUCAACAAAUAAAAAAUGUCCGUCGUAAAAGAUGUCCUAAUUUUAUUUGUGAAUGUGUAAAAAUCGUAGCUUGCGAUGUAAAUUAUUUCGUAGUAUUUACAUUACAUUGAUAGAAGUGCUUAAUAUCUACAAUAAUGAUUGUUCAGGAGCCUUUACAGGUGAUCGUUUGGGAUUGUCUCAAUAAUUACGAGUACGACAAUGCUAUAUUUUUGGCAGAGAGAUUACACGCUGAAGUUACGUCAGAAGAAACAGCAUUUUUGCUGGGGACAUGUUAUUAUAGAACUGGACGAGUGAAUGAAGCCCAUCAUUUACUACAAAACUACCCAUUAUCAUUACCACAAGCCAGAUUUUUACUAGCAAAAUGUUCAAUAGAACUGAAACUAUACAAGGAUGCAGAAAUUACUAUUGGCUCAAAUCUAGAUAUAGUGGCGUCAGAAUUUGGCGAUCAAGCUCCUUUUGCUCUACAGCUACUUGCCAAAAUCUACAACAUCACAGAAAGGAGAAGCAAAGCCGCCGAGGCUCAUCGGAAAGCAUUGUCAUUGAAUCCAUUUAUGUGGAAGUCAUUCGCACAACUUUGUAACAUGGGCGAAAAAAUUGAUCCUCACCAAGUAUUUCAAAUGAAUAAUACAGAAUUUUCAUUUGGCGUGACAACACUAAUGAAUCUAGUCAGCAACUCUGAAAAUAUAUCAAUUGUUAACGCCAACAUUCCUAACAAUAACACUAGUAUAAAUGCUAAUGUCACACCAAACAAUGUGGCUGCUCGUACACCCAUGACCAUGUCAACGAGCAUCACUCCUGAAACCCAAGCCCCUGUCAAACGUAUGCACAGCGUUUUCAGUGGUGUGGCGCCGAUACCAUUCUCUCCGUCUUUUGGCAUGCUACCUAUGGAAGAAUCUCCUGUAUUGUACACUCCGACACUCACUGAUUCUAAUGAGCAGAAAGCUAUACCUAAGAUAGUGAAUUCGCUGCGAGCGCAAAUGUCAGCGGUAUUUAGUCCAGCACCGCGAUGUCUAGGUCCAGCUCCGCGAAGAUCGUCCAGAUUGUUCAGUAAUAACAAUAGUAGCUACUCUGUGAAAGAAAAUAAUAAGUCACCAAGCAGGAAAUUUGUAGCGCCCAAAAGUCCAUCUAGGAAAAAUAAGCAACGCAUUGCCAAAAAUAUCAAAACAAAUACAGUGGAAACAAAUGAACGAAAUAAAAAUGUAGAAUCUGUAACACCCACCAUGACACCAAAGAAUUCGAAUGGUGUAGCAUUGUUAAAUUUGUUGAAAGAAUUAGGUAAGGCUUAUAUGGCUCUGUCAUUUUUAGAGUGUAAAAAUGCCAUCAAGUUGUUCCAAGAAACCCCAACUAAACAAUUGGCUUCUCCUUGGGUGCAAACAAUGAUAGCGCGUGCACAUUACGAAUUAGCGCAGUAUGAGCCGGCGGCCAAAAUUUUUGCUGAGAUUAGAAAACAGUAUCCGAAUCGGUCGGAAGGCAUGGACAUCUACAGCACCUGUUUAUGGCACUUACAGCGCGAAGCCCAACUGUCGGCGUUAGCUCAAGAUCUAGUAGAAUUAAAUAGGACCGACCCGAUAGCGUGGUUGGCGGCAGGGAAUUGCUUUUCGCUGCACAAAGAACGCGAAACUGCCCUAAAAUUCUUCAAAAGAGCCGUACAGAUCGAGCCGGAUUUGGCGUACGCUCACGCCCUGUUGGGCCACGAGUAUGCCGUCGCAGAAGAGAGCGACAAAGCGCUGGCGAGCUUCAGGACCGCAGUGAGCAUCGACCCUCGCAAUUACGUCGCCUGGUUCGGUAUCGCCACGGUGUACGCGCGCCAGGAGCGCUGGAAGGCGUCGGAGGUGCACAUCCGGCGCGCGCUGAGCAUCCACCCGCAGUCGGGCGUGCUGCGCUGCCAGCUGGGGCUGGCGCAGGCGGCGCUGGGCAAGCUGGAGCGCGCGCUGGCCACGCUGGAGCGCGCGGUGGCGCUGGACGCCGACAACCCGCUGUGCCGCUUCCACCGCGCGUCCGUGCUGUUGCGCGCCGGCCGCGCGCGCGACGCGCUGCCCGACCUCCACCAUCUCAAGGACAUCGCGCCCCGGGAGUCGCUCGUCUACUACCUCCUCGGGAAGGUGCACAACAAGCUAGGCAACUCCCACCUAGCUCUGAUGCACUUCAGCUGGGCUACCGACUUGGAUCCUAAAGGGACCGGGGGCCACAUAAAAGAAGGUUUCGAUCCUUCCAAACAGGAAGAUCCUCCGGAGAGGUCGUCUUAAAUUAUUUUUAUGUCAUAUGUAACGGAAGAUCGCCUGGCCCGCUCUAUGGCACAGCGGUCGUUGACUUCUCUUGUAAAUAUCGCGCUCACCUGUCGGGCUCCCGAUUGACACCAAAUUCUCUUCCAAAUGAUAGCUUUAUGGAGUUUGAUGGGUGUUGUGAUGGCAUUUAGUCGCUGUAGUAAUAAGGGCGUUGUGGAAAUGUUUAUAUAGGGUAAGAUUGGAUUUUCCUAUACGCCAAUUAUUUUAAAGAAGUAAUAUUUACUAACAGCCAUUUAAAACAAGAGUGGACUGAUAAAUUGUGUUGAUAUUAUUUUAGUUAACUGAUAUUUUGACUGAGAUUUUUAGUUCCUUGCAGUAAUCAGUUUUUUAUUUUGUUUUUUAUUUAUAUAAAAUGUAUAUGUUUGUUGUGCAUCUAUGACCUGUCCCGACUAUGCAUGUUCAUUAAAAGGUACAGGGUAAUUGACAGGCAGGUAUGCCUUAUAAACAUGAAAUUGUAGGCUAUAAGAAAAUAUAGUUUUACAGUUUAUAAAAUGUUAAAUUAAUCUAUAAAUAUUUCUUUUGAAUUUACUAUAUUCUAAUUUCUAAUGAUCUUCAUAAAACUAUUUGUAAAAUGUGUAAAAAUAUAUGUAUGAAAAUAUUCGUGUAGUUUUGUGUUGAGCUCUGAAAAUAACGAUAGGUACUGCAAAUGGUGAGGUUAAUGAAUAUUAUUUCUUUGAAAUAGUUGGAUUACUAGGGUUUCCUAGUUAUUAUUAUAUAUAUAUCUUGUAUAGCUAAUAACUCUAGAAUGGUAAUUAGGAUUUUUAAAGAAUUGAUGCCUAUGAAGAAGAUCUAUGAGACGCGGGGCCUUGAUCUCAUUUGGGGAGUUCUUUAAUCAAUUAUUCAAUAUAAAAAUCAUUGACUUUGAAAAUAUAUGCCAUAGUAUACGUGACUGUCUCACUGCUAGUUAUAGAUGUUCCUUCAACACUUAUUUUGUUGUACAAAUCAAUUUAUAAUAUGCGAUACUGAUAUUAUUAAAUUACAUAAACUGCUGGCGGUAUUCGCCAAAUAUAUGUGUCAAUCAUGUUAGAAUUUAUUAAUUGAACGUAAAGGUAAUACAGAACUAUGAAAAUAUAUGCAUGCAUGUAGACAUUUUGAUUCUCGAUAAUGACAUAUACCUUGAGCUUUUAAUGUUAGACGUGCCCAAAUAUAUGAACCUUCAACUAUAUGAAAAUAACCUGGAAGUUUCAAUGUAUGUCCGGACUUAGUUCGUAGUUGACAAAUUCAUUUCAUAUGUACAUAACAAAACUAUAGCACUGUGUUGUAAUUACACAUCACCAAUGGAAACCUAGCUCUGUGAACAGACUUAUUAGACCACCUCUAAUUAUAUGUAUAAACUUAUUCAAAUAAAAAACAGAUGUAAUA